UCCCAGUGCCUGACAAAUGCUUGAUGUAACCUUGUGUUACUUGACUGCAAACAAGUCUUUUGUGAAUAACCGUCCCUACAAAAUAUAUAUAUACUGUCCAAAUAUCUCGGUUCUGAAAGAGCACAAAUUCAUAGUCAUAUUCCUAGCAUCCGAGACCAUAUUCGUGUACACCUCACCAUGUCGAUGAAUUCCUUUGAUGCAGCUUCGUCGAAAAAUGGUACUCGGCCUGCCUUCAACCUGCCAUGCAUAAAUUAACAGCAAUCAACGAUGCCUGAGAUUGGCUCUCACAAUCGAUUGCCUCUCUCCUUUGGAAUCCAUGAACGUUGACGACUUUCAGUUGAGUACGACGGGCGACUUCCAAGGCUCCUCGUAGACUCGAUUUAUUGGCCGCCACUUGUGCAAAUGGCUCGAUCGGUUGCUAUAUUGACAAUAGUGUGGGCCAUUUGUGGCCCGCUCAGCUUUCAAAUUGGUGAGAGCUUCGUGAGAGUGCUGGCUCAAGAGUUCGACUACACCGAUGGGCCGCACGGUCCAGCCAGCUGGGGAUGUUUGAAUACCUCUUGGAGAACUUGCUCAGAUGGCAUGGUGCAGUCCCCGAUUGCCAUCAUCCCCCAGAUAAUUGUCACCAGCAAGAAAUUCAAGGACCUGGAAGUGGAUUAUCCCCACCACGCCGUUCCUGCCAACAUAUCUAAUAAUGGCCACUCAGUCGCGCUGAAAAUUCCCGAUGGUUCCGUCGAGCUCAGUAUCAAGGGGGAGAAGUACCGAAGCACACAGAUGCACUUCCACUGCCCAAGCGAGCACACAUUUGUGAAGUACAAGUUUGCUUUGGAGGCUCAUCUGGUGCUGAUUUCAGCGGCUGGCAAGAUUGCGGUGGUCGCAUGGCUCAUCACUCUGGGACCAGUCAGUCCUUUCUUCGAUCAGUUCAUCAACAACCUGCCAGCAUACAAAGAAGAGUACCCACUUGCAUCCCCAAUCAAGCUGCUGCCGAUCCAUGCAGAGCAUUACGGCCGGUACACAGGCUCUCUCACCACCCCGCCCUGCACAGAGAACGUCGUGUGGACAGUCUUGCUAUGGAACUUCCCCACAGUUUCACAGGCGCAGAUGAAAAAACUCCAAGCCAUUUUGAAACCCAAUGCACGGCCCACACAACUUCCGAACGGGAGGAAGUUUGUGAUCAGCUCCGGACACGAUUGAUUCAGCUGUAUCGAAUUCAAGGCCGCAACAGGAAACAAACUCCAAAGAUAAAAAAUCGUCAGCUGCGCCUAUUGAUCUCGGGAAUCCUUGUCUUCGAACAAUGCAAAUGAGGUAAAGUAGUUCAACGAGAAAUGUAGGAACAUUCAGACGAGAACUCCAACUCUUGCGCACAACCUGUGCCCAUGUCUGUUGACCUUGUGCUUUUGUGAAUAAAAACACGACUACUAUGUGUUUCGUCUGUAUGAGACCAA